UAUAUAAUAACAAUUAAAGUGUUUUUGAACACUUUACAUUUUUAAAUAUCUCAUCUAGGAAUUUGAAACUAUUUUUUUUAUUGUCACAUAAUAAUUAUAACAGAUUGUCUGUAACAGUGAUGUAUAAAGAUUCUUUUCUAAUGUUUAUAUAAUAUUCGUUACCAUUUAUUUGUUAUCCUGUUACUUCAAAAAUAGUCACUUUUUUAUUGUGUAUAUAAAUAUAUAUAUUUUUUAAUAACAUGUCCAGACAUAUCUGACAUGAUAGUAUAUAUUUACUAAAACUAUUUAACACCAUUGCUUUUUAUAGUACAUGUGAAGUAUGUUUAUCAUAUAUUUUGUAAUUUUGCUAAAUGCACUUUCUUAUACCUCAUUAUGGCACAAAUUUUUCAGAGAUUUGUCUCUGUUACAGGCAAUCUUCUCUAAAGUAAGAAUCAUUUCACUUUUUUUGUCCCAAUCUUGUAGAUUGUCUUCAAGAAUAAAUACAAAAAUUAACGGCAUAUUGGCUGGUAAUUGGCUGGUUUAUCUUCAAAAUGCAAAUUUUCUUGCCUAAAAUUUCUUAUGGAACAGGAACUUCUGUUUCUAAAGUGCAGGAUUUAAAAACUUCGUGCAGACUUUAGGUUUCUUUGUUUCAGGAAUUACCCACCAAAACAUAAAAAUGAUGCAAAGUAAGCUCAUAUCUGAGACUGACAUUAUAGUUUUAAAUGUUGGUGGUUAUGAAUACACUACAUCAAGAGCCACACUGACAAAGCAUCCAAAUACGAAACUUACCACCAUGUUCUCUGGAAUUACUGCUACAGUAAAAGAUGAUAAAGGAAGACACUUCAUAGACCGCAAUGGUAAAUUAUUUGAUUAUAUUCUUCAGUAUUUAAGAACAGGAUUUGCACUGCUGCCAGAUGAUUACAUGGAAUGUGAAGCUUUAACCAUAGAAGCUGAUUACUUUCUACUUGAUAAUUUUUCUAAACAACUGGAAGAACACAAAAACAGGUUAAUGUUGCAAAAUGAUGGUAUGGAAAUUGUGAAAGUCAAUGUUGGUGGGAAAAUAUUCGUUACUACUCGAAAAACCUUGACAGCUUAUCCAAAUUCAAUGAUUGGCCGGAUUUUCAGUGGUAAUCAAACUAACGAACAUCGGUAUCAAGGGAAUUAUUUCUUUGACCGUGACCCGGACCUCUUUGUACAUGUCCUUCAGUUCUUAAGAAACAAACAUUUUCAAUUCUCUGGCACUUCUAAAGAAUCUCAGGACUUUUUACGAAACUUGUUAUGUGAAGCGAGGUUUUUCAAAUUGGAGGAACUUGUUAGCACGUGUUUUUCUCUGUUGCGUUAUUGUGAUCAGGAAUAAAGCUUUAAGCCGUCAUAUUAAAUUCAGUUAUAUUUGCAAAUACAGUGUAAUUCUAGUAACUGGAAACCCCAAACACUCGAAUAAUCAAAUCGUCUAGUGGGAGUACCUUUUUUUAAUAAGAAACCACUCUAUAAAAAACCUUAAGCUUAGAAAGAGAAAAAUUUUAAGAAACUGUUAGAAAACUUUAGCAGAUGGAGAAAACCUAUAAUAUUAGGAAAUUAUACAGACAACAGAAAGAAUAAGUAUAUCAAAUGUCGUUUGUAUAUCCAAAACCAUAGUCCAAACCUUAUAAAAGCCUUGUUGUUAAAAAAAUGUUACAUGGUGAAGAAACCUUUGAGGCUCAAAAUCAAAAUUUUAGAAAACGUGCAUCAUUUUAAAUUUUUUUCCUUAAUACGGAAAGAAAACUAUGUUUUGCAAGGUUGCAUUUCCAAAUUUUGAAUACAUUUCUGUUAGUUUUUACUUUUUUUUUUUUAAAUAUAUAUAUAUAUAAUAUAUAUAUAUAUAUAUAUAUUUUAUAAACUGGCAUUUAAGAAAUCUAAUCCCUUCGGAAAUUUAUAUAAUCCCUGAAAUUUUAUACUCCCCUGAGAUUCCCUUUAUUUCAAUUGUUUGUGAAUUUGUCUAUGUGUAAUUGUUAAUUGGUUUUUACGGUUUCCUGCUGUUAAAUCUGUUGUUAUAACUUACUUUAUUCAAUUCAAUUUUCAAUUGAGCGCCCCACUCAAAUAAGCGCCCCUUUUGAAUAAGCGCCCCACCUUUAAAGCAGAAAUUUUAAAUGGGCACCCAAAGAGCUUAUUUAAUCAUUUACGGUACUUAGUUAAUAUUAGCUGUGCUAUUUAUAUGAUUGUAAAUAAAUUAUUGUCAAUAUGUUUCAUGAACAGGUUUUUUAUUGACUUUUAUAAAUUUAGUAGUGACAGCCUCCUUUUCGUGAGAGAAGAAAUUUUCUUUUAUUCUAAAUGUACAUCAAAUGAAAGUAGAUUUUGAAGUUGUCUUCCACGGCUUUUACUGUAUUUGGAGGACGUCUCAACUGCUUAUUUGUUGUCCCUGUAGAAGAAAGGUGCUUAUUUAUUUCAAUUUUUAAAAUAAAAAGAGAAUUAUGUUUAUUUUUUUUAAUGGAAUUAUUUUAUUAAGUGAAAAAAAUAUUUUAAAAGACGUGAAA